GCCGAACGUCUUAAAAGGCGAAGGAUUCUGGUGUGGGGAGAAAAGACUGUCAAUCUGGAGAAACUGUCCAGAUUCCUUCCCAUUCCCACCGUUAACAUGGCUAUUCUCCGUACGCCACAGCCGGUCACAACCGUGGAUUGGUCCAAUUUUUCUUCAACCGUGGUGGAAGUAAAUGGCCAUGUCGAGUCUCGCUACAACGCUGAGAACGACGAGUGGUCAACUCCGGAAUACGUCCAUGGCCACAACGUGCCAAAUCAGGGGCUGGAGCCGGUCCUGGCUUACGGCGAUCAGGAGUACGAAAGAAUCAAAGCAUGCCGGAAUCCCCACGGGGACAUCCUGAUCUUCCGCCCGGAUUUUCACGCCGAUCGGGUCCAGCAUUUAUCUUGCAUCAUGUCGAUCCCAUCCAUGUCUCAUGAUCACUUCACUCGCUGUAUCGAACUGGCUGUCGCGCGUAAUGCCGAAUACGUUCCUCCGCAUGGCAGCACUUCAAUGCUGUAUAUCAAGCCCACCAUCUUCGGGCCCGUCGCACCGAGAAGCGGCAGCAGCAGCAGCAGCCGCGGCUCAUCUAAUUUUCUAUUGAGUGUGGCCGUUUCUCCCGGACGAGAUUGCCACAUCAAGCGUCCAACCGAUGCCGUGGUGAUGGACGACCUCAAUGGAGCGACCCCCGACAGCUCCAGCUCAACCAAGGGCAGCGGUCAAACCCGAGAAAAGGAAUAUGGCCUCACGCUCCAUGUUGACGCCAGAACGCACACCGAGAUCGUAGGUUUCUCAGGCGCAUCGUUCAUAGGUGUCUUGGGAGGCGGCGGGGACCAAAUCCGGAUCCUUCUGCCGGAAAACUGCAACUUUCUUGAGAGCUCUACCAACGAUAGCUGCACCACACUAGCCCGCUCCCUCGGGUGGGCCGUAGAAAAGCGAGGAAUCCACGUCGCAUCCUUGUCGGAAUUCAGCGAAGUCUUUGCGGUAGGAACCACAGCCGAUCUUACACCUGUCAAGUCGAUCACCCAUCUUCAUGACAACAGUCGAGUUCAGGUCACGUAUGACGCGACUGACGAGGGUAAGGCGGGACCUGUGGCAAUGGAGUUGUGUCAACGUCUGAAGGCGAUUCAGAUGGGGAAAACACCAGAUGAGCUUGGAUGGUGCUAUAAGGUGCGGCUAUUGUAGAAUAUCCUCACUGGCCGGUGCAGUCCUUGGAUUGUAUUAAUAGAUCUCGCUUUUCUGGUUUUUUUCUGGGCUUGUCUAUUGGUCGCUCUUUACAGCCUUCAUGUUGUUUCUUUUUUGCUUUUUCAUGUUUUGUUUCACUUUUUAUUUUUAGCACAUCUGACGCGUCCGGAAGAAGUAAUGAUCGACAUGAAUAAUGCAAACAUGACACCAC